CAGAGCGCAACACCAUAAUAGAAGAAAGAUACUUUAUUCUUCCACUGUAAUAAUACAUUUACUUGCUGUGCCAUAUUAUUUUAAUAAAAUGCCGUCGGAUCCAGACUCUGGACUGCAACCCAACGAGGACAGACCUCAUAUUUUAUACGUGAGUCCUGGAUUAAACUUGUCGUGGCCAGAAAAGGAUCGGAAUAUAAGCUACCAUAUUCCAUCAGGUACUUGGUGGCCAUGGUGCGAUUAUUGGAAGGAACCCCAACAUAUAUUGUAUCAACUAGCAAAUGUGUGUUUUGUAUUGGCCUACUCAUCGACUUGUUCUAAGAAAGGUGUACUUUUCAUGCAUUCUUGGCUUAUAUUUGGUCUAAUGCUUUUUUCAACAUGGGCUUGGAACAUUAUAUGCGCCCCAGACGUAUUCACGUGGAACUUCGCGUUCAUGCUCAUGAAUAUGGCACAAGUUUUCCACAUUUUAUAUCAACUAAGACCCGUGAAGUUCGAUCCGGAACUGGAAGAGGUUUAUCAUACGCUAUUUGAACCCUUUAAGAUGUCAAGACUUCAGUUCAAGAAAAUGGUAAGCUCAGAUUUUGCACAAAUUAUGUCUUUGCACGCGGGCGAAGCUUAUGCAGUACAAAAUUUAACUCGAACUGACCGAUUGGGACUUUUACUCUCUGGAAAGGUAAAUGUUUUAUCUGAUAACCAGUUUUUGCAUCCCAUUCUACCAUGCGAAUUUAUGGACUCGCCCGAAUUCGAAUCCAGUAGAAACACUAUAGACGAUAAGUUUAAGGUAGCUAUAAUAGCAGCUAGUUCAUGUAGGUACCUCUACUGGCAAAGGUCUGCCCUAGAGUACCUUUUUGUAAAAGAUACUUAUAUAGCCACUGUUUUAACUACCCUUAUAGCUAGAGAUAUUACCACCAAACUGUACGCUAUGAAUAAUAAGAUAGUUACCGCCAAAGGGUCUCAUUUAGAUAUUAGGUUGCCUAGUAUUACUUCAUCCCUUAAUUCUGGAGGAGAGUACAAAAGUCCUGUGCGAGCCAAAAAAGGCAACGGAGUGGUAUGUAAUUCGACAGCGGAGACCUUUUGCAACGAAAGUCAAAAGAACAAACAUAAGCAGUACGAUAAAUUCAAAGAAAAUGGAAAUGCACCCCAAAACUGUUACCUCGGUGAGAUGGAGCCUUUGACUGAGCUUCCAUCGUCUGAUGAUCUUACUUCCAACGAUGUUGAGAGCUGGUUGGAAACCAGUUCCAAGUAUCACAGCUGCGAGUUAGUUGAUGAUGAAUAACUAUAAUUUAAUGUGCUUUAUAUGGAAUGUAUUUUUUGAAUGUAAAAAAGCUCUGAUUAAUGUUUAAUUUUAAUAUAAGCUUCUAGGAAUAUUACUGUAUUGUAUUACGCUCCACAUCAAACAAAAUUAACAUUAAAACAUUAUUUUGUUACA